CGCUGCCUCCCGCCCGCCCCGGCUCGGCCAUGGGCGCCCCGCGCGUGCGGCUGGUGCCGGGCGGGCGCAGCCUGUGGGACGAGCCGCUGGGCCUGGCGGUGGAGGGGCUGGGCCCGCGGCAGGAGGUGACGCUGCGGGCGGCGCUGCAGGACGAGGCGGGCGAGGACUUCGAGGCGUGCGGCCGCUACCGCGCGGACGAGCGCGGGGAGCUGGAGUUGAGCCGCGCGCCGGCGCUGCCCGGGGGCAGCUUCUCGGGGCUGGAGCCCAUGGGGCUGCUGUGGGCGCUGCGGCCGCGCCGGCCCUUCAGGCGCCUGCUCAAGCGCGACGUGCGCAGCCCCUUCCGCCUGCGGCUGGACGUGCUGGAGGGCCACGGGCCCCUGCCGGGCCGCCUGCUGGCGCGGGCCGAGCACGAGCGCUGCUUCCUGGGGCCCGGCGUCGCCCGCCUGCCGCUGCGCCACGGCCGCCUGCGGGCCACGCUCUUCCUGCCGCCCGGCAGUGGCCCCUUUCCUGGCAUAAUUGAAAUUUAUGGAUUUGGAGGGGGGCUCCUAGAACACAGAGCGUGCCUGCUAGCCAAUCAUGGAUUUGCUGCCCUGGCUCUGGCUUACUAUGGCUAUGAAGAUCUCCAGAAAGAUGCAAAAGAAUUCCAUCUGGAGUAUUUUGAGGAAGCUGUAAACUACAUGCUACAACACCCUCAGAGGCUGAAUGAUAAAGGCGUUCAACAGGGAAUUCGGUGAAGAAGUGCAUUUUUUCAAAGUGGCUGCCGCUUUCUUUUUCCUCCAUGCAAAUUAGGCCAACUUGUUCUUAGGGAAGAAGCUGGCCCCUUCCAAUGACAGGAUGGAGUAGGAAGAAGUUUAAGCAGAUUUAAAAUCAAUGUAAUCUGGCCUUGGGCUACAAGCACUCUAGUGCACUAAUCUACUAAUCUUACUGUUGUGGUUAUUGCAGAGUAUCCACAUAGGCUGAGGUCAAAGCUGCUGUGGGCAGGAUUUGUCUGGGGAGGCUGUUGGCUGAUGUUCCCAGAACGUGGCAAAGAUGGUUCUACAUUUUCCUUGGGGUAUUCAUGCAGCUGUGGUUUGUCAUGUCCAUUUCAAACUUCUACGUUCCUUAUUUUGUCUGACUAAUUGAAUGUUUAGAAGAACAGGCAUCCACUCUGAAAGCUGUUUUAAUUUCUGCUGGAUAGAUGGUUUUCUCUUAUAUGAUGUGGACCUGUACAGGCAUGUGCUUGGUAUCUUGCUACUGAAAAACUCACUGUAAGCGGAACGCUAUACCGGAGUCUCCUGCGUUUAACAAAGGUUGCUUUGGUGAUACUUGGUGUAACAAAAAGAACAUUUUAUUUCACAUAAGUGUUUGAUUAAGCAGCUCCAGAGCUCCAAACAACAUAUCAGCUUCUGUACCUGAGAGCUGCCAGUACCUUGAAUGCCUUGCUCCUUGGAUAGAGGAAGCUGUAACAUAUGCUGAUGAAUGGGGGUAUCAACAGCAUCUCUCUUGUUUUUUUCCCCUAGAAUUACUGGAUUACUGCCACCUCAGUUUCAAUUGCUGGUUAAGUUUCUAUCGGGAUUAAUAUUCAGUAUUUAUACCCUUCCUUUCUGCUAACUCACUAAAAGGAAAAACAAUGGGGAUCCAGUUAUUUUAAAUCUGGAUAUAGCCGUUUACUUUCUUGUGAAUUUAGUGAAGAACAUUAUAAACUGCAAGGGGCUCCUCAGUCGGUUUAAAUUAGGUGCAAGGUAUGAUAAUUUCUAUCCUCUAGACCAUGCUGAGCUGGCCUGAGCCAAUGCUGAGAUGUGGGAAAUAAUGGGGGGGAAAGAGCUACAACAUAAAAGGUUGUUGAUUUUAAAGGGUAGUGUGUUUUCCCUGCAUUGCUAGCAUUAAUCUGUAGAUGUAAUAUUGUGACUUUGCAGUAUUAAAACCUAUGCCCAACCCCUCCAGGUGUGUCAGUAGUCCAUGGGUGAUGGAAGUCCUAUGAAGCUGAUGCAGUUAUAAAACUAUGAGUCUUUGGGGGUCCCUAGGAAUGAAGGGUGCUAUGGAAGGUCAUCCUUUCAUCAUCCUGCAGUUCUGAUCUCCGUUUCUUUUCCAUACAGGUGAAAGGUCCAGGAAUUGGGUUGCUUGGAAUGUCCAAGGGAGGUGACUUGUGCAUGUCUAUGGCCUCCUUCUUAAAGGGCAUUGCAGCAGUUGUCACCAUCAAUGCCUGUUUGGGAAAUACAGCUUCCUGGCUACACUACAAGGAUAUCAGCAUUCCACCUGUUGGUUUCAACUUCAAGCGCAU